ACAGGUCGAUAGACAGAUCGACUGCAGCUUCGAGUCUCGAGAGCCUCGAGUUGUCGAGACAGUCGAGAGUUGUCGACGCGCGAAGAAAAGCGCCAAACAAACCAAAUAUUCGUUUGGAAGUUCAUCACACCACAGCACUUCUUGAACGACAAGUUGUAUUUGUACUCCCCUCACAUAACAACAUGGACCAAGUGAUCGUUUUGUCAAGCAGUGAUGAAGAUGAAUGUAUAAGUGAUGCUCCUUCUGCUUCCCAAAAAAUAGAACAAGAUUCAUCUCUUCUUCCUCAAGUAGACUGUGAUGAUUUUGAUAACUUUGAUUAUGGGAUUUUAGAUAGAGAUGAAGUAUUGUGCUUACCUUCAAAAAACAACUCCUCAUCUGGUUACUCGCCCUAUCUUGGCGGACAGCGAGAUAAAGUUCGUAAAGCCCAUGAUCUUUCUGACUCAGAUGAUGAAGAAAAUGUCAACAAGCAGAGCAAUACUAAUGAAUCUUCUGAUGAUGAGCUACCAGACCUUGACAUAGACUUAGGUCCCAGUACUAGCGCAGCAAAAAAGGAUGGGAAAUCUGCAGAACUGAAUUUACGAGCUUGUGAAGAAACACUGCCUGAGUCAAAAUUGGGACGACAGCAGAAAAGGGAGGAAAAUAAACAGCUUAAGCAACUUGAACGUGCCGAGAAAGCAAAUCAGAGGCAAGCUUUGCGGCAAGAGAGAGAGCAAAAGAAAAAGGAGGCUGCUCAUGCCAAGGCCUUGAAACAAGCUACAGCGGAAGUUGGUCGAUCCAAGAAGCCUGGAGAGUGUCUUAAGUGGGUUACUUGUAUUUUAGACCCAGGCCUGCUCAAGGCAGACUACAGUGGUGAGCUUUUAACUGCUUUAAGGACCUGUGAAAUUGAGUAUAAAGUAGAGGACUGUCUCAUCCCAAAUUCAGUAACAUGGGAAAGGCGUAUCCAGAAUGUAACGGUUGAUGAUGACAUGACUGUGCAGAGGGCUAUUACGAUUCAAAAUGAACCAUUGGUCUUGGUAGUUUGGAUGUGGAACAAAAUUGUGGAAGAAAUUCACAGUAAUCAAUUACUUCCUAGUGUUGAAGAAAUUCUAUCGCUGCUACCUGGCAGAGACUUAACCAUAGCAAUUUAUGGACUUGAAGAUUAUUUUAAGUUUCAAAAGACCCAAAAGAGAAGGGAUAUUCGUUCUGAUGUCCUGGGAACUGGACCAUCUAAGAAAAAGGCAAAAGAAGGUACAUUUGAAGCAGCUCCCACUGUUUCUCGGGGUGAUGUGGAGUAUGCUCUAGCAGAAGUCCAGAUUAAAUGGGGCAUUAGCCAUCGCUGCAUUAAUUCCAAGAUCGAUAUGGCAAAUUUAGUCUGUCAGCUUACUAAGGCAAUUGCUGAAGCACCUUUUAAACAAGAGAAACAUAAGAAAGAUGCUGACCGCCUUGAUUGGUAUGCGUUAGGUGAUUCCAAGGAUUGUGUUGUUGUGGAUAAGGAGGGAAAUGGGUCAUUGCAGCUUUGGCAACGCCAACUUUGUCAGUUUCCUCUAGCAUCUCGUGAAACUUCUGAGGCUAUAGCAUCAGUUUAUCCAUCUCCUAUUUCACUCCUACAAGCUUAUGAAAGAUGUUCUAAAGAGGAGGAAGCUCAGCUGCUCCUAGAGGAUAUUCCUGUACGUAGAGGUCCUGGGCCACUAUCUACUGCUAGACGAAUUGGUCCACAGCUAAGUAAGAAGAUACACACAUUUUUCACAACAUUUGAUGAAAAUUCCCUAAUUGCUCCAGACUGAUUUCAUUUCUUGUAAAAUAGAUCAACCAAUUCAGCAUGAAGGACAAAUAAAGUUAACUGGCCAAAUGAUAAUGGAAA